UUUAAUUCCAUUUUAGAAGAAGGUGCGUCCCAUGGCCAUGGCAAUGGAUUUGAGGUUAUCCAGCACUUUAGCUUGCUUGGUUCUUCUCUUCGCCAUUGGAAAUGCUGCAGAAGAACUAGCAGCUUCUUUCGUUUUCGGUGAUUCUCUGGUGGACGCCGGGAACAAUAAUUAUUUAUCCACCUUGUCCAGGGCAAAUAUCAGACCUAAUGGAAUUGAUUUCAAAGCGUCCGGUGGAAACCCCACCGGCCGCUACACCAACGGCAGGACUAUUGGUGACAUAAUAGGUGAGGAAUUGGGACAACCAAACUAUUCUAUUCCAUUUCUGGCACCAAAUUCCACCGGAGAAGCCAUACGAUAUGGUGUGAAUUAUGCAUCAGGAGGAGGAGGGAUUCUGAAUGCAACCGGAAGGAUAUUUGUGAAUCGGCUAGGACUGGAUGUCCAAGUAGACUACUUCAACAUUACCAGGAAACAAUUUGAUCAACUCUUGGGAGCGGCGAAGGCAAAGGACUAUAUGAUGAAGAAAUCGAUUUUCUCAAUCACCAUUGGAGCAAAUGACUUCCUGAACAAUUAUCUUCUCCCUGUUCUCUCCAUAGGUGCAAGGAUCUCCCAAACCCCUGAUUCCUUCAUCGAUGACAUGAUCAAUCAUCUAAGGGACCAAUUAACUAGGCUUUACCAAAUGGAUGCUAGGAAAUUUGUCCUCGGAAAUGUUGGACCGAUAGGCUGCAUACCAUACCAGAAGACAAUAAAUCAGUUGGCUGAGAACCAAUGUGUCGAUUUGGCUAAUAAGUUAGCAAUUCAGUACAAUGGAAGAUUGAAGGACUUGCUUGCAUCGUUGAGUGAAAACCUUCCUGGAGCCACAUUUGUUGAAGCCAAUGUGUAUGCCCUGGUGAUGGAGCUCAUCACAAAUUACGACAAAUAUGGUUUUACAACGGCUACUAGAGCUUGUUGUGGGAAUGGAGGCCAAUUUGCAGGGAUAAUUCCUUGUGGACCAACAUCUAGUAUGUGCACCGAUCGGUCCAAGCAUGUAUUCUGGGACCCGUACCACCCCAGCGAGGCUGCCAAUGUUAUAGUCGCCAAGCAAUUGAUUGAUGGGGACGAGAAAUACAUAUCUCCAAUGAAUCUCAGACAACUUAGAGAUCUUUAAUCUAUGAUUUAAGUUUCAUGCGGAUCAAAUGAUCUCUCUCUCUCUCUCUCUCGUGUUUUUGUUUCUUCUUGUUUCUUUGACCUAUGAGGUGGUCGUUACAGGACAAAUUUCUUGAGAAAAAAAAAUGCUCUCUUCAUCUUUGUUUUUCACCUUUGUUAAGGGAGUCUUUUUGAGAAAUGCAAGUUUAUAUGAAUAAAGAGUUUUUUAUUUU